GGGAAAAUAAAUGGAGGGUUUUGCAGAGCAGCUUACUUGGAUGUAAGCAGAGAGGCUAGGGUUUGAGCGGUUCAAUUUUCGGAUAAGCGGCGAGGUGCCCUUGUCAUUGCCGGGCCAGGGUUUUGCAUCGAGCAAAUUUUGAAGAGCACAGUUCAGAUGAAUCGCGAAAAGCUUAUGAAAAUGGCUGGUGCAGUUCGCACUGGUGGAAAGGGUAGCAUGCGAAGAAAAAAGAAGGCGGUUCAUAAGACUACAACCACAGAUGACAAAAGGCUUCAAAGUACCUUGAAAAGAAUAGGGGUGAAUGCUAUCCCUGCUAUUGAGGAAGUCAACAUUUUUAAGGAUGAUAUAGUCAUCCAGUUUUUGAACCCUAAAGUUCAAGCCUCGAUUGCUGCCAACACUUGGGUUGUUAGUGGCUCUCCUCAGACAAAAAAAUUGCAAGAUCUUCUCCCAGGGAUCAUCAACCAAUUGGGGCCAGAUAACCUGGACAAUCUGAGGCGGCUUGCGGAGCAGUUUCAGAAGCAGGCACCGGGAGAAGUUGCAACACAGGAAGAUGAUGAUGAGGUCCCAGAACUUGUUGCUGGAGAGACAUUUGAAGCUGCUGCUAAUGAGGCUCCUUCCUCUUAGAGAUUGUCUUUCGGAAGCAAUCAAUUUCUUUUAUUUUUUUUAGUCUUACAAAAUUGUGGAUUUAUUUUUAGCGACAGGCCAGAAAUUGAUAUUGUUCACUUCACGAGAUAAGCCUCAUGCAAAUGGUCUAAGCCAUCUAUAACGUGCUUCAAAUUUUGUGUGGCAACCGGCAGGUACUUUAUUUUGUAUUGCCUCUUCCAUUAGAGAUCUUUUCUUUUUUCUUUUUUUUUUUUUCUGUAAUCUUCUAUUAGCAUUAGAGCUUCUGUAUGUGAUACUGUGGUUAUUUGUAUUCCCAAAUGCUCUCCAAUGAUCCGAUCAACCUGAAAAAGGCCUUACCCACGAGCUCUUUAUAUUUGAA